AAAUAUUACAAAAAGCAACAAAACGUCAGCAAUGGCCGAAGAAAAUUCUGAUGUGGCGAAAAACCUAAAAAAGUUAUCUUUAAAUGGUGAUACAAACGUGCCAUACCCUGGAAAUGGAGAAAUUAAUAACUUAGAAGAUGGCCUACCUUUAGCUGCGGUUUAUAAGCUAGCCCUUAGCUUUUAUAAAGAAAAGGUUGGAAAGGCUUUUCACUUUAGCUAUGAAGACAAUCUCCAAUUAAUCGCAUUCUCACAACAAGUAGCCCAUGGACCAUUAGCAGAGGCCAUAGAUAAACUACCACCUUUAGGCACAUUAGAUGUAGUUGGUAAAGACAGAAGGGAGGCAUGGCAAAAACUUGGACAGUUAUCGAAAGAUCAAGCUAAACGAGGUUUUGUAGAACUGCUUAGCAGAAGAUGCCCUCUUUUUUCAACCUAUAUUGAAGCACAUAGACGAGAGAGAGAUGAACAAAAGAGAUUGGAAAAAGAAGAACUAACAAAAAAAAUAGAAGAAGAUGAAAAUAAAAGAAAACAAGAGGAGGAACAGAGGUUGUUAUUAGAAAAGAUGCAAGAACAAGAGGCUAUCAAAAGGCAGAUUCAGUUGGCCUUAAAUCAACAGACUUACGACCAGUUUAGAAAAUAUGCGAUGCAACAAUAUCCAGGAGAUCCAGAAAAACAGGGAAAUUUAAUAAGGCAGUUGCAGGAGCAGCAUUAUGUACAGUAUAUGCAACAAUUAGAAUUAUCGCAAAAGGAAGAGGCUACAAGUGAUAAAAAGCCACUUGAGAAUCAGAAUAUUGAACAGAUAAGUAACGAAACGAUAGAAGAACAGCAAAAUAUCAGUAAUAUUACUGAAUCUGAACAAGCGGAUCGCAGAUCUCAAGCCGAUGAAAAUGAAUAUCAAAUAUCCACAGCCAGUAUGUGGACAUUGCCUGAUAUAGAAGCUUUUAAACAAAGGGUAUCGCAGACUGAAGGUGAUGGUGUGGUGAGGGUAGGGCAUGGGGAAACUGUAACGGUGAGGGUGCCUACUCACCCUGAAGGAUCUAGGCUCUUCUGGGAAUUCGCAACUGAUCACUAUGACAUAGGUUUUGGCAUAUAUUUUGAGUUCGGUACACCCAUGACCGAUGAAGUGUCUGUACAUGUUUCGGAGAGCGACGACGAAGAAGUUGAGCUCGAUGAGGAGGAACUUUAUGAUGAAACCAUUAGGUGCGAUUUAGAAUCUGGAGGUAUAGAUUUGUCAUCGAUAACAAAACCAACCGUAGUGGAAAUAGUGCCAGUCUACAGGAGAGAUUGCCAAACCGAAGUGUAUGCCGGAUCCCAUCCCUAUCCUGGUAAAGGUGUUUAUUUACUAAAAUUUGACAAUUCAUAUUCUCUCUGGAGGUCUAAAACUCUUUACUAUAGAGUUUACUAUACGCAAAACUAGUAUUUUUUUUGUUGCUUAUUUGUUAAUAGUAUUAAUGUUACGUGUUGUUAUGGCUGUUGAAGCACAUAUUUGCGCUUGGUUUAACCCAAUAUGUUGAAUUAUUUUUUCAAGUCUUCCUAUUCGCGAUCCAAAUCAGUAGAAGUUAUGUGUGCUUAAAGUCAUUUAACUUAAUCCUAAUUUCACAUGUAAUGUGUAGGUUUUAAAGAUAAUCAAAUCUGUUUUUAAACUGGUCAGAGUACAGGGUAUUUCUUACUUACCCUUUAGGUUUUUGGUUUUGUAAAUAGAAUUUUAUUUGUAAGCACGUACAUUUUAUAGAUUAAAUCGAUCCUUUAAGAUCUCAAAUCAACCAAUAACAUUUUGCUAAAUAGAGGGUUGAUUAUUAUUUAAAAAUUUUAUGUUGUAAUUUAUUUUUUUUGUAUAGCAGACACGGUGGGUUAAUCUAAAGAUGAGCGAGACUUUGCUUUCACUUUUAUAAAAUAGUAAAAACUAUUCCCACUGUCCCAGUUGGUCUGUUUAACUAAUUGAAUAAAGUAUGUUUUGUGCAAUACCAA